GAACUGGUAACACUGUCAAUCAUUAAUAACCCUUCCAAAGGUGAUUUAAAUCUGUGGAAUAUUUCAGGACAGAAGAGGAAACAGAAGAGAGAAAACAUGAGUGUGUACACAUUCUGCAUUGUCCUGCUCUGCCCUUGGUUUUGCUUUGCACAAGAUAAAAUCUGUGACAGACCUGAUCUCCAGAAUGGAAUGUUUUACUCUGGUGAAUACUUUCCUGCACGAAAAAAUGCUGAUCUUUGGUAUAAUUGUAAUGAUAACUUUGAUCCUGUAUACAAAGAAACAUACAGGUGGUAUACUAGAGACGAGUAUGGCAAAUCUACUUGCACAGAAUAUGGAUGGAACCCAAUGCCAAAAUGUUUAGCAUUAUGUUGGCAUUCUGCUGCACGAGUCGACAAUGCAGAUAUUUAUCAUACUAAGAAUCAGUACAAGGAAGGAGACAGAGUUAGAUUCAAAUGUUAUGGAGACUUGAGAACUGAAGAUGGGAGAAAUGAUGGGGGAAUUGAGUGUCUACCCAACCACAAAUUUUCAGAAGCCAGAUGCCUUAAAUCUUGCACAAUUGAAUCUGUAAGUCAUGGAAAUUAUAUUCCAAAGAAAAGCAUAUUUGAGCAAGGAGAAUCCUUAGUCUAUGAAUGUGAUGAAGGAUACAGGAGUCCAACAAACACAAGGUUUGCUUCUGCUACGUGUCCUUGGACAUCUCCUCCCCACUGUGUCGAAACCACUUGUUACAUAACAGAAUUACGAGAGGAAUAUAAAGCUGGAGACGUGGUUGCUUUUUCCUGUUCACCUGGCUACAAAUUAAUAGGCGAAAAUGUCAGUCAGUGCUAUUACUACGGCUGGGACCCAGCACUGCCUACCUGUGUAGAUAACUAUCAUAUACAGGCCUAUCCGUAUGAACUAAUUACAAAGAAGCAAGCUGAUGUUAGUAUGUGUGCCACUGCUCCCAAACCACCAUACUCCCAGGAUUUAGAAGCAGGAAAUAUCCCCUAUAAUAAUGACAGAAUUGUUGAGAUACAGUGCAAUUCAAAUUAUCGACCCUUUGGCUCAAAAUCCAUCAAAUGCCAGAAAGGCCAAUGGCAGUCACCCCCUCAGUGUAUUGAAAAACGUUAUUGUAACCAACCACCUGGAAUAAAAAAUGGACGUAUUAUAAAGGAGAAAGAAUGGCAUUCCAGUGGUGAAACGGUGAAGUACCAGUGUGACCCAGGUUAUGAAAUAAGUGGGUCAAGCGAAAGUAUGUGUUUCAUGCAACAAUGGACAGCACCUCCAGUUUGUAAAGGUAAAUCUUGUGACAAAGCUCCAGAUGUUGACAAUGCAGUUGUUAUUGGACUCAGGACAAAACAGUACACCCAUGGGGAAAGUGCCAAAUACUCAUGUCAGGAUGGAUAUACAAUAUCUGAGGAUGGUCAAGCAAAAUGUGUGGAAGGAAACUGGAUAAAUGUACCCAAGUGUUCUUAUACGUCUUGUGAAUCAGCUCCAGAAAUAAACAAUGCUGUGAUACAGACUAAGAAAGCUAAUUAUAGCUCUGGAGAAAGAGCUGUUUAUAUGUGUAACUCAGGUUAUGUGUUUAACAAGGACCAAAAUUCAGCAAUUUGUAAGAAUUCUCAGUGGAUGGAACUGCCAGAAUGUAGAAAACAAGGAGAGAGCUGUGGAUCUCCCCCUGUGAUACAGUUUGGGGAAACACUAGAAAACAGAGAAGCUACCAAUAAACAUGGCACAGUAAUGAAUUAUAAGUGUCCAGAAUAUUACACACUUAAAGGAAGCAAAGCGGUUAUGUGUAGCCAUGGAAAAUGGGAUGAUCCACCAAUAUGUUUAGAGCCCUGUACUGCUUCAGAAAGAGAAAUAAGAGCUAAUAAUAUUCAGCUGAAAUGGAUAACUGAUAAAAAGUUUUAUAGCCGCCAUAAUGAGUGGGUUGGAUUUUCAUGUUUCGAUGGCUAUGAAAUAUCUGAUGAGAAGUUGUUAAGAAUACAGUGCAAUAGAGGCGUCCUUCCCUAUCCUAAGUGUACCAAAAAAGGCAGUUGCCAAAUAUCUCAGGAACAACUGGAUAGAAAUGGGUUGGAACUAGAUUCAAAGGAUAAAGAUUCAGUCUAUUUUGAAGAUGGUGAACGUAUACAAUUCAAAUGUAAAGCUGGCUUUACUAUCACUACUGGCACUGUGGGACUAUGUACAAAAUCACAUGUUACCUAUCCAAAAUGCACUGAUGCAGACAUGUGCCGAGUAUCUCAAGAUCAGCUUGAUGAAAAUGGGUUGGAACUAGAUUCUAAGGAUACAGUCUAUUUUAAGGAUGGUGAACUUAUCCAAUUUAAAUGUAAAACUGGUUUCACUAUCACUACUGGCACUGUGGGACUCUGUGCAAAAAGACAAAUUACCUACCCAAAAUGCGCUAAAUCAUAGGAAUGGUUGGGAUGAAGAUCUAAUUCAGUUUUCCAGGGACCCAUUUCAAACAAAGCACAUACAGACAAUGGUAACUGGAUGAUAAGGAAUGUUACAACUCAUGGCUAUAACCUUUACUGCAUCACUGCAACAUAUGGAUACAUUCUAUGUUCUCUUAUUUGCUAUUUCAUCAACUGUGUUGUUUCUUUACUUGUUGGCUUUCUAUUUACAGAGGAUGAAAUAUUUUUCUGAAUGUUUAAUGCAGGAUUAAACUCUAUCAAUGCUU